AACAAAUGCAUAAAUGUAAAUCGUGCUAUAAAACGUGAAAUAAUUACGAUUUAAUUUUUAAGUCUUGAAAUGAAUUCCCCCUACAUGAACUCUCGAUUACUCCAGGGUUUCAAGCUAGACGUAUAAUUUAUUAUUACUAACAAGGGAGGGGAAGGAUCUAUGUUUUGUCGCGAAGGCAUAUCGUAGGCAGUGGUGGUACCUUGGACAGAGCCAUCUUUGGUCUAUCUCGCCGGACACGUUUUGGGUUGUGCUAUCUUUACGGCUGAAAGAAAAAAAAUUAAAUAAUAUUAACGCUUUUUAUUAGCGUUAUUUCAAAAAUUCUCUUUUCAGCCGGCAGAUAAAAACAGAAGUAGCAAAAGCAAUGGAUGAAGAAUACGAUGUUAUCGUUCUUGGUACAGGUUUGACGGAAUGUAUUCUGUCUGGAAUCAUGUCUGUAAAUGGAAAGAAGGUUCUACAUAUGGAUAGGAAUCCUUAUUAUGGAGGAGAAAGCUCUUCAAUUACUCCUCUGGAGGAGCUGUACAAGCGAUUUGUAAUUGAUGAUGCACCACCAGAAUCAAUGGGUCGAGGCAGAGACUGGAAUGUCGAUCUAAUUCCUAAAUUUCUCAUGGCCAAUGGUCAGCUAGUGAAGAUGUUGCUAUACACAGAGGUGACGAGAUACCUGGACUUUAAAGUAGUAGAAGGAAGCUUUGUUUACAAAGGUGGAAAAAUCUACAAAGUCCCAUCCACAGAAACUGAAGCACUUGCGUCAAAUCUAAUGGGAAUGUUCGAAAAACGCAGAUUUCGGAAGUUCCUAGUUUUUGUUGCCAACUUUGAUGAAAAUGACCCCAAGACAUUUGAGGGAGUAGACCCCAAGUUAACUACCAUGAGGGAUGUUUACAAGAAAUUUGACCUGGGUCAGGAUGUAAUUGAUUUCACUGGGCAUGCACUGGCUCUCUACAGGACAGAUGACUAUUUGGAUCAGCAUUGCUUAGAGACAAUAAAUCGCAUCAAAUUAUACAGUGAGUCUUUGGCAAGAUAUGGCAAGAGUCCAUACCUGUACCCACUGUAUGGUCUAGGCGAGUUACCUCAGGGUUUUGCCAGGUUAAGUGCAAUUUAUGGAGGAACAUACAUGUUAAACAAGCCUGUGGAGGAAAUUGUGAUGGAGAAGGGCCAUGUCAUUGGUGUGAAGUCAGAGGGAGAGGUGGCCCGUUGCAAACAGCUAAUCUGUGAUCCUAGCUAUGUCCAGGAUCGUGUGCGGAAAGUGGGUCAGGUGAUCCGAGUAAUCUGUAUUCUGAGUCAUCCCAUCAAAAAUACCAAUGACGCAAACUCCUGUCAAAUUAUCAUCCCUCAAAACCAGGUUAAUCGGAGGUCAGAUAUCUACGUGUGUAUGAUCUCCUACGCCCACAAUGUAGCAGCACAGGGAAAGUACAUCGCCAUUGCCAGUACUACUUUGGAGACCGAUGAACCUGACAAGGAAAUUGAACCUGCUUUAGAGCUGCUGGAACCCAUUGAUCAAAAGUUUGUGGCAAUUAGUGAUCUUUAUGAACCUACAGACGAUGGCAGUGAGAGUCAGAUUUUUUCAUCUCGUUCCUAUGAUGCAACUACUCACUUUGAAACCACCUGCAAUGAUAUCAAGGACAUCUAUAAAAGGAUGACUGGCAGUGACUUCGACUUUGAGAACAUGAAGCGCAAACAGAAUGAUGUCUUUGGGGAGGAUGAGCAGUGAGAAUUGGUGAAGGGGGGCGUAAGCCAUUAUGCGAGGCUCGCUGUGACAUCACCGCUGCGGAUUUUCAUAUACAUAUACACAGACAUCUCACUAGCAUUUCUCAGUCCCUUUCUUCCAAAUCCUAUUUUCUCUCAUGCUUGGGCUGCCACUUUAUCAGAAGAUACAGUAUAGUCAGGUGGCUCACCUAUCUUUUUGAGAUGAUGCUCUUUUACAUUACAACAGUAAUUUAGCAACUCAAGUGAACAGUUGCCACCUGCCAUACUGUCUGUGUUGGGAGUCUAUAAGUAUAGUGGAUGCUCUGCCGUGCCUAUAAUGUCUGGUUGCAGUCCACUGCCAGCUGCUGGUUGUCGAUUUUGAAUGCCAUACAUCUUUCAUUGGUCUAUACUUUAGGACUUCUUAAAUAGCAGCCAUCUGUUUAACAGAGCACAAUCCUUAAAGAUGUCAGGUAUCUAACAUAUACACAUGAAUAACAGGCCAACUUUACCUUUAUUUGAAGAAAUAGGAAACAAAACAGUUUAUGUAAUAUACUGUGCUUUUUUAGCCUUUGUCACCUGCAGGCAAUGUGGAGCAUAAAACUGACCUCAAAGUCUAGUGGUUGAAUGGUGAAUCUUUCUUGGUUUAUACUAAUGGGUUGAAUGGAAGUGAUUUCCUAAUACAGUGCUGUUCAGGCAAAUACAUUACAGCAGUUUGAUUUGAAAAGCAGGGGUCUUAGCAUGUUCAGGAAAGUCAUAGUUCACAAGAUGCUUGUCUUGCUUUUUUCAAAGCCAAACAUAAAGCAUAUUUAAACAUUAUCAUAAGCACACCGAUGAAUGGCACCUUGAGGCUGAACUAGACUAGUGCUAGGGAAAUCUUGAUUGGGUGGCAGCUUGUACUGUACCCUGUGUUUCAUAGCAUUCAGUGAGGCUUGUAGAAAAUGGGGAAGGUGGAAAACCUUACUGCAGUAAGCUGCUUACCAUAGGACCUACCUGCAUCCAUGCUCACUGUUAGAAAGUACAGCUAAUUUAAACAUUUUUCAUAGCAUAUAUUCCAUUUUUAGUUAUUCAAAAUGAAAACAAACUAGUAUGUUUUUUUUGUUAUUCAGAGUAUGAUUUGUUUGCUAUAAUUAGACCACUAUUAGACAUCAGCAGAAUAGCCACAACAAAAGAGCUGUUUGACCAGGAAACUAUGCAAACAAAGUGGACUAGAUGUUAAAGAGGACAGACUGGAAGUCAGGCAUGGAAGUAGUGAUUAAGUUGGAGUUGAUGAACUGUUUGAUAUGAGCAGAAAGGUUAAGCUUUGAAAGAUCUGGGUGACUGUAAAGCAGGUUGGAUUCUCAUUAUAACUAAUGAUGAAGACGAAAGGGUAAGUAGACCUUGGGUCACAAAAAUGAAUUAAGCUGUUGCAUUGAGAUACAUCAGAGAGAUGCUACACACACUGGAUACUUUUGGCAGGAGCUAAGACAGAAACAGUCUGGUCUUAUCAGCAGAACUGAUGGACUGUCAGAAAGUGCCCUAAUGUUAAACUUGAGAGAUGGGAACAGCAGAAGGCUACUACCGAAUAGCUGGAACUGAUCAGUUGGAAGGGGCAGUUCAUUCAUAUGAGCAGUGCUGCUUGUUUUCCUGGUAGCUGGAGAUAAACAGAUGGACCAAAUAGAUAAUUUAUAUAUAUAUAUAUAUAUAUAUUAGAUAUAUUGCUGUUUUCUCCUCAAAACAUUUUUUGUAGUAAGCGCUGCCAGUCUAGCUCUACUAUUUCCUUAGCAACUUGUGAAUUUGAUUAUAUUAGUUUAAGAAUAUUAUGAUUUGUUUAAUUAAAUCUUCAGACUUGGUCCUGCCCCCACAACAUUUUAUGACUGCAAUGUUUUAUUUCAACCAAUGUUCUGUUUUCAACUGGGCUCCUACCUUAUUUAGACAUGUGCUUUUUUAUUACUUUGUAUUUAUUCAUUCAUCUGGAAAUUCCCAACAGGUUUAUUUACCUAAAAAAAUAAAUAUUUUUGUUUUAUACACAGAUAUACAUAUGUUUUACUUAUUUUAUUUUCAUAAUAUUUUGUUCUUUUUCAUUUGGAAUGUAAUUUUUAUUUAAAUUGUUCUUUGCAAAUGAGCACACAUGUGAAUAUCAUACUAAAGGUGUCACUCCUCUUUAGUAUUCAUUGCACUUUGUACCUUUUGUGUGCUUUAUUCUUUGUCAUUUGUAACUAAUUAGACAGGUUUAGAAGUAAGUAAAUUAAAAUGAAUCAAGUAGAAAGGUUAAAAAGAAUACAAUUAAAAGCUAUACAAAAAUACAAAUCUUUUGAGGUUUAUACUAAACUAAAGCACACAUAGUUCUUAUUAUGAAACAAGUCCAGAAAAAACAGCUGAUUCUGAAAUUGGUUUAAACAAAAAUCUGCAGCCACAGUGAGCUCCAGGACCAAGUUUGAGAACUCUUGCUCUAAAUGACUGCUGUAAUGUAAGAGUUUGUAUUUAUUGUUGCCAUUAUCAUUCAGCCCAGGAAUGUAGUCAUGCAGGGGUGUGUUAAUAAUGCAUUAAUGAUGUGCUUGGUGACUAGAUGUCAUUACUCACUAGCUGGUUUGUGAGGCCAAAGUUGGUUUGCUGUACUUGGCACAAUAACAGUACAUUGGGCCCAGAUGCUCCAGUGCAACACAGAGUAGGAAUGAGAAGAGCACCAUUCAUUUCAGCAGUUCUGUCCUCUACUGUAAUCUUAUUAAAAUAAAAUGAAGAUAUGAAAUUAUAUAAUUUUUUUUUAGAAAAAUACUAUAUUAAAACUACAUAUCAAAUUGUACUGAAAAAACAAGAAUGUAGUACACUGUAAAGUAUACAGCCCAACAUAACACUAAUGGUAUAUUUUCUGUACAAUUAAUAUUCUUGCUGUCUUAAAAAAAAGUUUGCUAGGUUCUUAGGUAAACAUAAUUACAAAAGGAAGUUCAUUUGUGGUGAUAGGAGACAUUCCUGCUUCAACAGUGCACCUCUCCUAGAUACAGUAGGGUUUGCAUCCUGUAAAUCAACAACCUUCACUUUAGAGAUUGAAUUUCAGGGGUCUUAUUUUGUCAGUUUGGCUAAAUCAUGUAUCUGUACACUUAAAAAAUGUAAUAUUAAAAUUUAAAUAAUUAUGUACAUGCUCUAAAAGCUGUGUGAAGCCAACGUUAUCAUUAGCUGUUGACAUGUGAGGAUCCUUACUUAACAACUGGCAAGUGAUAUAAUUUUUGUUACAGCAUUGUUUAAAAAAGUGUUAAUUGAUUCCAAAAGUAAUCAUGCACGUCUUCUCCAAUCUGUUACCAGUUUUAUCCAGGAGAUGACAAAAUGUAUACAUUUUCUAAUUUAACAUUUAGUUGAAACAUCUGACCUGAUUCAAGAAUAUAUAAGUUGCAAUAUAUUGUAUUUUAGUUUCUCGAAGAAUUCCUUUUUCUUGUGAAAGCCUACCACCAAGAUUUCAAUAAUUGCAGUAAGUAGGACUAAUUUUGGCAACUUUUGCAGUACAGAUGGUUCCAGUGCAAUAAUAAAGUCUCUGGUGGUACUGGUAUUUGUUUAUAUAGGUUGUAAUAAGUGGCAUUGUAUGAACAGAAUUGGAACGAGAUCAUGCUAUAUUCUAUGCAGGAGUAACACUGCUUUUGUAUUCCACAGCCAGUGUGACAACCUCCUCUUUUUUUGUUUUGUGGUUAGGAGUGUUCUUUGAGGACAGUUCCAAAUAAAACACACUCCCCUUUUGCUGUGUGAAAACUAGAUAAAAGUGUUUACAAGUAUAACACACAUCCCUACCCCUUAACCAAUGUUUGGGAAGGGUUUAGCCAUGCACAUAAGUGCGACAACCAGACCCCCCUUGAGUUGUGGCAAAGGCAGUCUGCUGUACACAUAACUUAUAAUUACUUUGAGCUCACCAGUAAAUAUAACAAGUCCUCCUUCCUAGAUCAUUAAUACCAGGGCUACCUGAUAUUGGUUAAACACAGCACCUGAUGGUGACGGACUAAAGGCACAUUGAGAAUACACCCAGUAACAUUCCGAUCCCACCCCCCCCCCCAACACCCACCCACCCAAAACAACCGACCACAGUCAUGGCUUACAGUUUUAACAUUACAUACAUUCCAGUACAUCUAUAUUUUUGCUAAUUCUAGCCUGGUUCUUCAUGUCACUUGAAAGCAACCCUGACCUUUGACUUGCUGCACCUUUUGGGAUGCUUUCUUCUGUCUGUGUGAGCACACAUGUCUUGUCUGUUCAUGUUGCUGAUUUUAUUAUGUUUUCUAUUAAAAUAAGUAAAAAAGAAAAAAAAAGACAAAUGCAUGGCUGCACCUUUCUGGAGAAAACCAAAAUGGUUUUUAGUUAACUUUGUUUUGUCUACUAAAUAAAAACCAAUAAAGCUGCUAAUCGGAAAGGAAGAAACUUCACACGUCAUUUAUUACACCUCUACUCUGCAUGGCCCAUCUUGACUCCCCUUUUCAAAUGAAGUACUAUAGGCUGCAUAUAUGUGAGAUCACAGAGAUCAUAUAUGUGACUUUCUUUGUACUGCCCCUUUAUUUUGAAAUACUUUGGAAUUAUUUAUUCUGAUCUAAGCUGAGGUAGUGCUAAGGACAGGGCUAUAGAAAAAGUUCAAGAUUACAGUGGGCAAAGCCUCAUACGGCAUUCUGUACCAUUAAUGUAUUACAGUUUGGGAUAUCAGUUAUCUGCAUUUUUAACAUUGCAGAAAUCUAAAUAUUAUACUCUGUUUUCCAGACAUUAAAUGCUAAAAUUCAUAUCAAAACUGCAGAAAAUAAAAUCUUAGUUUGCAGUUAAUUUUGUGUGUUUGGACCCAAAGAGUCAGGGCUAUGUAAAUCGCCAAAGUGUAAUGUAGUCAAUGGUUGUUCUAAUUUCUAAAAUGAAAAAUAAAAUAAUACGGUACACACAAUUACAUCUUGAAAAGCCAGAAAUGCCCCAUCAAGUAGUUUAAAAGAUACUAACAUAUAACAUAUUUUACUAUUUUCUGUACUUAUUACUUCUGCAGUGCUGCAGAAGGCCAUUAUUGCUGUGAUGAUUCUCUUGUUUAGUGGGGUUUCUGCUGCUCAGAAAUUUGUGCAGCCAUGCUUUGCCUUUCAUUGCAGUUUUAUUUUUUUUUCUUUGUUUCUUCUUAUUUUUAAAGAUGAAACUCUUACAUACUGUCUUAACUUAUUUGGACUUACAAGUAGCUUGCUUGUGGCCAUCUUUUGAACACUAGUAUGUGAAAAGUACCUAAUGUCUUGUGGAAAAUGAAAUGAUAAUAAUAAAAGAUACACACAAGUUGUGGAAAUGGUAA